AUGCCGUCCGACCUGAGACACUCGCUGGAGCGCGCCAGAGCCGAUGGCCACCACGCGCCGCUGCUCGGGAGAAAGAGCGACGACGAGGGCACAGAGGGCACAGAGGGCCUCUCGCGCAGUUCGCAUCGCUUCCACGAGCGCGACCCCGUCACCCAGGCCAGGCUCGAGACGCGCAAGAAAUACACAUACGCCGCCAUCUUCCUGGUGCUCAGCCUGAUCAGCUUCACAGUCCAGACAGAGACCGCGGUAUACAUCCAGCACGAGCUGAAAUGGGAGAAGCCCUACUGCAUGCUCUACAUGACCCACGGCUCGUGGAUCCUCCUCUGGCCAACACAACUCCUCCUCCUGCGCCUCCAGCACCGCGACCAGCCCUGGUCCACCUUCUGGCGACGACACACGCAGCUCCUGCGCCAAACCGCGCUGAUGGUGCAGCACCAGACCCUGCACCCAACACCGCGGCAAUCCCUCGUCAGCCCUGUGCGCUACAUGCUCAAAAUGACGGCCUUCAUCACCUGCGCCCUCACCCUCGCAGGCGGCAGCUGGUACGUCGCCGUCAACCAGACCACAGCGAGCGACUUGACCGCCAUCUACAACUGCUCCGCCUUCUUCGCGUACGCCUUCAGCAUCCCGAUCCUGCACGAGAAAGUGCGCGCCUCGAAGGUCCUCGCCGUCGCCAUCGCAGUUGCUGGCGUCUUCGUCGUCGCAUACGGCGACACCUCCCCGGCAAAACACGGUUCGAAAUCCGGGGGCGGCGCGGGCGGCGAAAAAGCACCGCCCAGCCACGAAGCUGAGAAUCGUGCGUUUGGCAACCUGAUAAUAGGCAUUGGGUCGGUGCUGUACGGCUUGUAUGAAGUCUUGUAUAAGAGACUCGCGUGUCCGCCCGAGGGCGCAUCGCCGAACAAGGGCAUGAUAUUCGCAAACACAUUUGGCUCCCUCAUCGGUGCAUUCACACUAUCCGUGCUCUGGAUCCCUCUUCCCAUAUUGCACUACACCGGCUGGGAGACCUUUGAGCUGCCGCGCGGCGAGCAGGCGUGGAUGAUGGCCAUUUCCGUUUUCGCGAACGCAACGUUCUCGGGAUCCUUCCUCGUCCUCAUUUCGCUGACCAGUCCCGUUUUGAGUUCUGUCGCCGCGCUGCUUACUAUCUUCAUCGUCGCGAUUGUCGACCAGCUACUUCCUCCGCCGCUCGAUUCGCCGCUUACGAGCGCGGCUAUUCUGGGCGGUCUGCUGAUUAUUGGCGCGUUUUUGUUGUUGAGCUGGGCGACGUACAAGGAGAUGGAUGAAGAGAGGAGACACAAGUUGGAGGAGAGUCCCAGUGAGCUGGACGAUUAGUCUGGGCAAUCAGGAGGCGAGCUUUGCCUUGCGUUUGUUCGUAUCGCACCCGUAGGGUUUGUGGUGUUUAUGGCGUUAUGGGCAUAUGGGCAUAUGGGUCAAGGCUGGGUGCAUGGCUUGGUGCAUAGAGCGCGGACACAGCGCACUUGAGCGGGCUCUAGUUAUACAGCUGCAUAGAUAGAGGCGUUGUGGAUCUACAGGAUGGCUUCAGGCCUUGACAUCUAGACAGAAAUCUCAUCAAGAUCAAAUCCCUAC